GCCUCCAUUUAGUAUAAAUACCUCUCUAGCCUUUUUGCCUUGCUAUAUUUCUCACUUUUACAGUUAGCCUUUGCUGUCUUUUUAUCGCUUCCUUUAGCAUGUCGGGUCGUGGCAAACAGGGUGGCAAGGCUCGCGCCAAAGCCAAAACUCGCUCUUCUCGCGCCGGCCUGCAGUUCCCGGUGGGCCGAGUGCACCGCCUGCUCCGCAAGGGCAACUACUCGGAGCGCGUCGGAGCCGGCGCCCCGGUGUACUUGGCGGCGGUGCUGGAGUACCUGACGGCCGAGAUCCUGGAGCUGGCGGGCAACGCGGCCCGCGACAACAAGAAGACCCGCAUCAUCCCGCGCCACCUGCAGCUGGCCAUCCGCAACGACGAGGAGCUCAAUAAGCUGCUGGGCCGCGUAACCAUUGCGCAGGGAGGCGUCCUGCCCAACAUCCAAGCUGUGCUACUUCCCAAGAAGACUGAGAGCCACCACAAGGCUAAAGGGAAGUAAGGGGCACUACGAUCACUAUCUAGUCUCAAAGAGAAAACAUCAAAAGGCUCUUUUCAGAGCCACCAACAAUUUCUAUAGAAACUGCUGUUACAUUAUAAGCCGCAAGUUGCCAGGUCUUACUUGCCUUACAAGUGUUCUAGAACACCGUGAAUCUAAUAGUCUCCAUUAAGCAAUUUUCACAGUUUGAGGGUAUCUAGUCUUUCUAAAAGCUCAAGUUAU